CGUAUUAAAAAAGACAAAAUAGAAUCGAAAAUAUCCCACCAAAUACUUGCCUUAAAUCCAACUUCAUGGUUAAGCUAGAGGAGUUCCCUCUUGGAGACUUGGCAGCAGAACAGAGGCAGAUGUGCCCCAUGUGGUACUCGUCAGUUUUCCGGUGGCCGGACUUCCAAUUCUCUCUGCCGACGUCGGUUUUCAGGUGGCGGGACUUCAACUUAUCGUACCUGACCAGUGGUUGGAGUUUGCAGAGCUUCAGGUGGUUGGAUUUUUCCAUCGUGGAUAACGUGUUGUGGACUUUCGUCACGGUCCUGGAGUCCUUAGCUUUAGUCGCCAUGCUCUGUUUCUUCUUUAUUUUCUGUGGGUGUACGCUUUGAUUUCUGCAAAAGCAGAAAAAUUUAUACACAAAUUUUUGUACAGAAGCUGAGUAAGGUAGCGACUUUAAUCUGAAUUUACAGAGUUAGAAAUUCGUAACCCCCCCCCCCCCCCCCCCUUCCUUCUUGGGUUCUUGAUUUUUCCUGUUAUAUUUUUCUGUUUCGAUUUCAUAAUUUCCCAGCUCGCUUAAUCAUUGAAAACCUUUGCUGGGUUUUUCCUUGUAUGCCAAAGUCUGGGUUCAUUUCUUUUUUACCAUAUUUCACCUGCUAAAUGUUCAUGAGCUUACAUGGGCUGUUACCAUUGGAGUGUAUUACAAUUUCUUGUUAGAAACUGAA